GACGUCAAUCGCGGGGCGUGUGUCUUGCUGGGACACAGUGGAGGUCUAACCUCUGGUUUGCGGAGCGGUCGGGUGUAUUCUCCGCUCGCCCCCACGCCCUCGAGGCCCCCGCCGCCCAACCCAACGGCGGAUCCAGCCAGUGGCUCCCACGGCGCCCUCCCGCACCGGAUCGCUCCUCGCUGGGGCGGGACCUGGCCCGACGGCUCCGGUCACUAUGAGUGAAACACCUUUCAACCUAAUAUCAGAAAAAUGUGACAUUCUCUCAAUUCUUCGGGAUCAUCCUGAAAACAGGAUUUACCAGAGGAAAAUCCAGGAACUCAGCAAAAGGUUCACCGCGAUCCGCAAGACCAAGGGAGAUGGGAACUGCUUCUACCGGGCCUUGGGCUACUCGUACCUGGAGUCUCUGCUGGGGAAGAGCAGGGAGAUCCUCAAGUUUAAAGAGCGUGUCCUGCAGACCCCAAACGACCUUCUGGCUGCUGGCUUUGAGGAGCACAAGUUCCAGAACUUCUUUAAUGCUUUUUACAGCGUGGUGGAGCUGGUGGAGAAGGACGGCUCCGUGUCCAGCCUGCUGAAGGUGUUCAACGACCAGAGCUCCUCGGACCGAAUCGUGCAGUUCCUGCGCCUGCUCACCUCAGCCUUCAUCAGGAACCGCGCGGACUUCUUCCGACACUUCAUCGACGAGGAGAUGGACAUCAGAGACUUCUGCACUCACGAAGUGGAGCCCAUGGCCAUGGAGUGUGACCACAUCCAGAUCACAGCCCUGUCCCAGGCACUGAACAUUGCCUUGCAGGUGGAGUAUGUGGACGAAAUGGACACGGCCCUGAACCACCACGUGUUCCCCGAGGCCGCCAUCCCUUCCGUUUACCUGCUCUAUAAAACAUCCCACUACAACAUCCUUUACGCAGCCGAUAAACGUUGAUUAAUUUUGGGCCAUGCAGUGGAGCCUGUCACCUAAUGGGACUGCAUUCUGAAUGGAACAUCAUGGCUUUGCAAUUUUUUAAGCGAUUUAGACUGUAGUUAAAAAUGUGCAGCCUUUGGGUCAACAUCACUGGGAAUAAGGCCUACUCCCUAUGGACUGUUGGUAACUUGGUGAUAUUUUUAAUAUUUAUUUUCAAGGAGGAACAAAUAUUUUCUAACCCUGGGGUAGGAAGCCAGAACUCCUGGCUCUACUCUCAGUCCCCUGAGACCUUGCGUAGGACACCUCCCCUCUCUGGGCCCUUUUGAGGAGGUUCCUGCCACUGUUGACAUCCUGUUGGAUAAAAAUGGGGUCCUCUGGUUUCUUUUCACGAGGGGCAGCGCCUCCCUCUUCUGGGAGGAAAAGCUCAAGGUCAGCUGUCUUAAGUGACGUAACCAGUUCUAUAAAAAAAGUCAACUCAAGCGGCUCUUGGACUGGACUUCGGUGGAUGGAGCGCUGAAGCUAACUUGAGUACGAGGGCUUCGGUGUACUCCCAGCCGUUCACAAUGGAGUGUUUUCUUCCCCCUCACUUGAGAAAUAAGAGGCUUUUAUGCCAGAGUCUAGAAAGGAGCCUGUAGCCGUCUGCAUGAAGCCUCUACCUCCCUCAAGGCCAGGGCCGUCCCACCUGGACAGAGGCUUGAGAAAGACUAGGGUCUGGGACCAAGAAGCUGCCUCGUCAACCCCAGCACAUCCUGGAUGGAGACUUGAGACACUCGGGCAGGUGGAGACAUGGACCGGCACCGGCAGCCGCAGGCCCCAGCUGAGCAGAGCAGACGUCUUUUGAGGCUACCACUGGCUUCCUUCCCCUUUCCCCCUGUCUGGUUUAUGGGCUGCUGAGAGGUUAGGUGGGAAGAACAGAGCUGCAUGGAGGAGACUGGCAGUGGGGGAGACCACCACUGUGGACACUGCCUGGUAGCCAGGAGUGUCUGGCCAGUCUCCUUGUUCAUCUACCUGGACACGGCCCUUCACCUCCUCACCUUGCUGCCUCGGGGCCUCGAGGAGCCCUGGCUGGGCUGGGGCACAGCCAGCAAGCUCUCUUCCUCUGUGGGGGUGGGGGGUGGGGGGUGGAAUUGCCCCUUGGGGUGGGCACUUCCUUGAUGGAAGGCCUUCUCAUAGGAGCACCGGGUAACAGACUGCUCCCAGUCCAUACACACGCCAGACUCUCAUCACUCUUCCGCCUUUGUGAAGUCCGACGUCAGGGUGCUUUUAGUCUCAGGCAGGGACCCAGGUUCCCACAUGGCCCUUGGCUGGAAUCGGGACCCAAGGGCUCAAGCUAAGUGACUGUCACUUUUUCACAGGAAUGUAUAUCUGCCCCUCAUCUCUUAACUGGCUCAGUGUCCCGCCUUGCUGUGACAAGUGCACCGAAGAGUGGGGGUAACACGCUCCCUGAUUUGUCAGCAUCACAAUCCCUGUUUCCAAACAGGGACCGAGCUCAAGCUCGGCUGCCCUGUGGGCUUGUGAGAGGGGUCCUGGGCCUCCGGCUGGGCUCUCGAGCACAGCGUCAUCGGCACUGACUGCCACCGAACAGCACUCAGGGCGAGUGCGCAUUUACAAAAGCAGAGCUUUUUCUUUGGCAGACAGGCUGCAGAAAGUCCCCCAAGAUGUGUCUAGGCAGUGCUUCCAGGCCAAGAGCCUGCCAGUGCUCAGAGGGGACUCUCCUUCCCCUCUGAAGAGAGCCUAUCAGUUUAGUAUCACUGCUCAAGAGAGGCAGGCUGUUUUCAUGACCUUGUCCUCUGCUCUCCCACUUUUCACAAAACCACUGGCCAAAUCCAAACUGCUGUUUUCCCUUCACUGUGGAGGAAAAGGAGUGGCAGGAUGCAGAGGAACUUUAGCUUAGUCAAAAUCCAGUCACCUGCAGGCGUGCCCUUGCUUGUCUACAGCAGCCAGUCACGCCGGGGAUCACACUUCGUGGUGAUUCUCCACCUGCCCCACAAAGCCUUCUCUUUCCAGACCAAAAGCUGGAAGGAGACUUUAUAAAUCAGUGUGAACGGUUAGCAACAAAAAGAACUGUUGUUCUGGCUUUUGGUUCCUAUUUUAAGCACAAAGGAGCUUUGGAAACAGGCUGCCUGAGUUCAAAUCUCAACUUUAUCAUUAACUAUGUGACCUCAGCCAAGUCACUUCAGCUCCCAGAGUUCCAAUGCCCACAUUAGUGAAAUGGAGACAGUACCAACACAUCACAGGAUUACUGGUUCAAGUGCAACGAGAUUACGUGUGGAAACAAUUUUAAGAGCUGACACACAGUGAGUGCCCUCCAAAUGGGAAGCAUCUCCCCUUCCGUGUCCCAUGGGAUGCAGCGGAAUGUUGCAAGAAACACACCAGCUUGGCAGUGGCACUGUGGUUCCCCAAAGAGUAGGAAUAAGUUUGCAGACCAAACACACUCCUAUGAGCAAAAAUGGGGCAGGGGCUGCAGCUCAGUGAGGGGCUCCCUAGAGGCCCCUGACCCGGUGGGAUGUAGGCCAGGCAGUUGGUGAAAACGUUCUCCUAGCAUUAAAACAGUUUCUGGAAA